AGUGGUGGCAGGAGGAGGAGAAACAGUAGAGAUUCCCGGUCUGGGUUUUUUGCACUUUUUCCCAUAAAUAUUAAUAAUAUUUAUUAAAAAUGUCACCAAAUUUUGAGCCCUCACUCACAUUUUCCAAGCAGUUUAUGAAAAAUUAAAUAAACUUUGUUCUCGUAUGAAGUCUUAAAAUAUGACUUACAUUGGCUUCUCCACCAACCCAAACCCCGUUUUUCGCUGAGACUGGACAUUGGAGAAUGCAGAACAACGAGAUAGCUCUUCCUCAAGACGCCAUCGUUUAGCUGCCUCACUUGCUGGCUUGUAAGUUUCUUGUGAAUCCCAAAUGCUGUUGUUUUUAUUGUGCAUGUGCCCUGCUUCUGCUGUAGAAUCGCUUCUGUUGAUUUCUGGCUUUUGGGUGUUGUAAAAGGGCUUUUGGUUUGUUCCUGUUGAAAUUUUUGGUAUCUGGGUUCCGUUUGUUUUGGGGUUUUGAUCCUCAGAAGUGCUUUUGCAUUUCUGCUGGCUGCUGGGGUUUUUGUUGAGUAUAAUAUUUUGUUGGUGGGUUUCUUCUAAGCCGGGUUUCUUGGAUUUGGUCUGCCCAAUUUGAGACAAGUUAUAUCAAAUUGGUGUUUUUUUUUUUUUUUUUUUUUUAAAUUUUGUGGAAGCAAAAGUGCUUUUAGUGAGAUUGUUAUUUGGAUCUGCAGUAUUAGUUUUUUAUUAGGGUUUUUGAACCAUUAAGGAAGGAAAUGGAAUUUGCUACUGCCAAACCCCUUAAACCCUCCUCAAACAUAUCUGAUAUUGUCUCCAAGUUUGCCAAAGUUUGCAAGUUGAGAUCCAUUGGUGUGUUUUCGGCCGAAAACUCAGAUCAGAGCCAACAACCCAACAACCCCAACGUUAGAAAUGCACACUUGGGUGAGGAUAGCAGCGAUGUGACGGAGGAGACGGAUUGUGAUGGGGUGAAAAUCCAUCCCCAUCCCGUGGAAGUUACAAGAACAAGCGAUAAGCUUGGGGAUGUGGAGUUAUCCAAGUUGUUUGACAUUGUUUCGGCUUUGAAAUUAGCUUAUGUUCAGCUUCAGCAAGCUCAUUUGCCCUAUAACCCGAAGAAGAUUGUAGCUGCAGACGAACAUUUUAUGACUGAGCUUGAAGCGCUCUGCAAGAUGAGGAGCGCGUAUAAGGAGAAGCAAUGUAUGAAGCUCAAGUCUGAUCCCUCUCGGUUGGAUAUCCUGAAGAAGAAGGUUGAACUGAAUGAGAAGCUACUGGACGAGUUGAAGUUUCAAAUGGAAGUUAAGAACUCUGAUAUACUCUGCGUGCAGAAAGAGCUCGGGGAUUUGGCUAUGGCGAAUGCGGCACUAGCUGAAAAGGUAAAGCAGGUAAGUUUGCAGAGGAAGAAUGUAAGGGUGUGGAACAUUGCAACAUUUCAGGAUGCUUUCAGAGCUGCUUCGAAAUCCAUUCAUGAUUUUGCGAAGCCAUUAAUUAGCUUGAUGAAAGCUUCAGGCUGGGAUUUGGAUGUUGCGGCAAGGGCAGUGGAAGUGGAAGCUAGGUAUUCGAAAAGGGCCCACAAAAAGUAUGCAUUUGAAGCCUACAUUGCUAAGAGAAUGUUUUAUGGAAUGUCAUUGAAAUCUUGCAAUGUGGAUGGAAUCAUGAGACAUGAUGACCCUAUCGAUGCCCUGAUAGAGAAACCAGAUUCCGACUUUGCCAGAUUCUGCGGAGAAAAGUAUCUGCUAGUUGUUCAUCCAAUGAUGGAAGCUAGUUUUUUUGGGCAUCUGGAUAACAGGACACUUGUAUUGAGCGGAAAGCAUCCGAGGACUUCAUUCUACCAAAUAUUCGCUAGAAUGGCAAGGUGCGUUUGGGUGUUACGUGGCAUUGCAGCUUCGAUAGAUUCUGAAGCAAAAAUGUUCGCUGUCAAAAGAGGAAGUAAGUUCUCUGAUGUCCAUAUGGAGUCUGUGGAGGAAGACGGGGAAGGUGCAGCUGUGUUGGGUGAACGGCAAGUGGAGUUUAUGGUCAUGCCCGGAUUUAGAAUUGGGGAAACAAUUGUGAGGUCUCGGGUGUAUGUUUCAAAACCAAAAAUGUAACCGUCGUUUGGUAACGUUUACAGUUCACUGGCUAACUGGUAAUUCAGCUGAACCUAACUUCUGUUAUGAAAAUGUUAAUAGUUAAUUUAGUCGAGAGAAAUUAUCAGAGUUUUCCAA